AUGCCAACAAACUUCUUCGACCUUCCGGGCGAAAUUCGCAUCGAGAUCUACAAAUAUCUCCUCAUGCGCAAAGAACCUAUAAUCCCCUGGAAAGGCGCGAAAAAUGGCUUGCCAUCCCAACUUCUAUUCGUGAAUCGCCAAAUUCACCAUGAGGCCGCACACGUACUCUACAGCCGCAACAGCUUCGACCUGACUAGGCACGAGAUUGAAACGUUUUAUUUUGGACUGAUUCCAUGGUUCCUGAAGAGAAUUGGGUCGAAAAAUAGAUCUGCUGUGCAACACAUACAGAUGGACUUUCUCGGGGUGCACAUUACUAGAGAAGAAGCCGCAGACCGGGUGGACAAGGUCGCUCUGCAAGACAUCAGUAUUCGAAACAUGCGAAUGAUCCAGGCAUUCUGUCCCAACCUUGAAACUAUCACGAUAACUAUAAACGGCACGGUUUUCUGCGACGCGGAUAUCAGGGUUCCUGGGAAACAUCGUCCUGUUUUCGUUCUAUCCAGCCUGAAUCGGCCUUAUAUGGUUCUUGUGGAUCCUCAAUUCCGGGAAAUCUCAAAACGGAUUGCUGUUGAGGUCUAUGAAGAAGCCUUUCAUAACCCUAGUUUCGAAGAUUCUUAUGAUCCAUUUUUCGUGAAUCUCUAUGGUCAACAUUUGAAGGAGACAGCUACGAAAGAAAUGAGAGAACAGAUGCGGAUGUAUGGAUGGAUUUUUAAUGAGGUGAGGACAGAGGACGAGAAGGGGAUCUAUAAAGGAGCUGUCGAUGAAUCUUAUGAAGAUGACCCGGAAUAUGAUGAAGGUGAGGACAGGUUGGAAAGCUGGAGUGAGCUGAAAGAUCUUAUUGUAGAAGCAGAGAGGUUUGUAAACCCUCUGAAGAAAUGGGACGAUCGUUAA